CUAACAAUAAUCAAUCUUCACUCAAUUUCUCUCUCUCUCUCUCUAAUUUACUACACACACACAAAAAAAAAAAGAUGAGUAGUGUUUUUUCAGAACACAAAUUCCAACUUCAACCCUCCCACCAACUUCUCUCCCUCAAGAAAUCCCUCGGAGACAUUGACAUCCCAGUCCCACCAAGGAAGCUCCUCACCCGCCGCUCCGCCGCCGUCCACGACGGCUCCGGCGACAUUUAUCUGCCUCACAGUGGCUCCACUGACUCCUCCACCGACGAUGACUCCGAUGGCGACCCCUAUGCCUCCGACCAAUUCCGCAUGUUCGAGUUCAAGGUCCGACGAUGUAGUCGCAGCCGGAGCCAUGAUUGGACAGACUGUCCCUUUGUGCAUCCCGGUGAGAAGGCCCGUCGUCGGGACCCUCGCCGGUUUUAUUACUCUGGAACAGUCUGUCCAGAGUUUCGCCGCGGUCAGUGUGACCGCGGCGAUGCAUGUGAGUUUUCACAUGGGGUGUUUGAGUGCUGGCUGCACCCUUCUAGGUAUAGGACCGAGGCUUGCAAGGAUGGCAAGAAUUGCAAGCGAAAAGUUUGCUUCUUUGCUCACACCCCUCGCCAACUCAGGGUUUUUCAUUCCAAUGACAAUAGUAACAAGAAAAAGUGCACCGAUAUAAGCCCUCAUAAUAACAACAAUUGUUGUUUGGUUUGUCAUUGCUCUAAUUCUACUCGUUCACCAACUUCUACCUUGUUUGGCAUGUCUCAUUUUUCUCCUCCAUUAUCACCACCUUCUCCUUCUUCGCCUUCUAUGUUUGAGACCAACAACCAUCAUCAUGGUGUUGUGAAAUAUAAUAAGGAUGUUUUCUCUGAGCUUGUGUGUUCCAUGGAGGGUUUGAAUUUUGAUGAGGCUUCUUCACUGUUGUCUGCUGCUUCUAAGCCUCAUCAUCACAACAAUUUGUCUUCUUGGCUUGAUGUUUCUAAGGAUCACAAUCAAAAACAGUUCAAUACUCUUAAUUCGCCAACCAUCACUGCUUGUGGAAGCUUUUCCAAUAAUGGAAAUGGGGGAUUUUUGAGAGCAGAAAAUGGGGUUGUUGUUGAUGAUGUCAUUGCCCCAGAUCUCGCAUGGGUGAAUGAAUUGCUGAUGUAGAUUAUAUGCAACAUCUGAAGAAGAAGAUGAUGAUGAUGACAAAAAGAGUGGUUCGUGGUGGGAUUUGUGAUGAGGAUUUACCCCAAGUGUAAAUACAUGUUGGAGCUAGCAACAUAUAUUACAUCCUUGUCUUCUAUUGUUAUUGUUAUUGUUAGUUAUUGUUUCUUAAGAACUUCAUUGCUUUCUGAAUUUGUUUUUAAGAUUUGUCAAAAUUAAAUUCUGUAAUUUUUAUAUAUGUCCAUUAAAGUAGAUAUAAUCUGUUGUUCCGGGGAUUCUGUAGAAAGUUAAACUGAUUCAUGGGAUGGGAUGUUGAAUUUUUCUUUUCUGUUUUGGAUUUUUCGUUGUUUUUAAUUAAUUAUCUUCUUGAUAUUGUGAGAAUUAUUACGUGCGUUAAGCUCA